CUGGGCACCGGCACCAAGGGUGGGACAGCCAGGAGGAGAAGGCGGCGGCGGAGGAGGGCGAGCACCGCCGGACGGACCGUGUAACUGUUGAGGAUUGACAAGAUGGCGCUGCGUUUCCGCACGUUGCUUCCUUUCGCCAUCCCCGGAGUGCUGGCGCUCAUUGGAUGGUGGUGGUUUUCUGCGCGUAAAAAGGAGCGUGCGAGCAAUCACGACAGACGAGACCCGGCCGGCUUGGAAGAGCGAAGGAUAGGCUCUCUCAAGAGGGACCCGUGUUCUAGAGAAGACUCCCAGUUGGACAAUGAACUCUCUGCGUCUCGGGAAGCCGCGCGAGCAACCCGGGCCUUCGAGCCGUUGGCGGAACGGCGGGCAGUUUCUGUGGAGCGCAGCGCGCAGAGCUUGGCUUCCUCAAGAGGAGACCUGCCUGUUGCGGCAAAGGCAACCAUAGGAUCUGACGCACAUCGGGACGACAGUGAAAAACUGGAAGUGAUGGGGUGUCCUGGUGUCUUCGCAUCCCCUGUGCUCGAGGCUUCUCCUCUGGAUGCACAAGUAGCGGCAUCCCCUCAGCUGCAAGGGAAGCGGUGUUCCGCUCAAGUCACAAGCCAGGUGCCCUCAGCAACUUCGACGGCAGCUCUGUCGGAGUCUCCUUGUUUGGAGAAAUCGGGGGCUAUGGUUGAGGACACAGCACUCCAGAACGAUCCUUCGGAGGAGUCUUUGAAAGAAGAACAGGGGCCCGUGGCCUCAGAGGUUGCUCCUUCGCCCACCGUCUGCUCUGAAGUGGCAAACAAAGUUGUUCUUGUGGCACCUUUGGGUGGUACCGAAAUCGAAGAGAUGAACGGCGGCACCGUUGGGGAGGUGGAGCUUCGGGUGCCGGCUCAUAAGUGUGUAGCCCCCGCGAGCUUUGAAUUGGGUCAGGAAGUCGAGGCAUCCAGUGUAAACACUGGUAGUACGUUGAUGCAUCAUGGAUUCGGGGAUCUCGGACGCAAGAGUGGUUCGGAGAAAGAGAGGAUAGGAGGCGUCACUUUGGACAAAGAAGAAGUUGAGAAGAUCGAGCAGGUUGCUAUCCAUAUAAUUUCCAACGUCAUCCGAGCGGCCACCGAGGAAGUACUUUCUGGGUCGGGCAGUGACGUGUCGGACCGGCUGUGUCAAAUGGCCGCCCGUGCCGAUAAAUCACUGGAGAAGACGUCCGCCGGAGCUGUCGACCCGGCAGAACCCUGCAAGGGGAGCGAGUGUCUUUUGGAGAAAGUGGCAGCCGUAGAACUGACCCCCCUGCUAGAAGAGAAUGUCCAGCGUCACGCAAUGUUCUCGAGUCACUUGACCCACGGCCGGUUGGGGAACCCGAGUUUUGGCCAGCCCAGGGACUCCGUACACGCCGAGCAGACGGCCGGCGACCCGGUUGCGAAUCACGAGGAAUUUGAAGACGCUCACACAGUGACGGAAGACUCCGGGUGCAGCGCCUGCACCUCGGAAGAUGGGGCGAGCGCAGAGGAACUCCUGAAAAGCACUUCGUCUCCUGCUUUGGGGCAGCGCCUGGAUUUGUUAAACAUGCCCGCAAUAAAAGACUCCGAGUACAGCUCGGCCUCGAGCAAAAAACCCGCCUGCUCAGCACUAACGGAAGACAAGGUGCCGUAUAGCAACGGGAUGGUGAAGGAAGGGUGCCUGCCCCUGGGGACUGAGCAGCCAUGGCCAGCAGAAAUGGACGGCGAUCACUCGGGAGGCUCCGAUGUCAAUAGCAUGGACUCGGUGGACAGUGACUGUGCCCUCCGGAAGAAUGGCAGCUGUCCAAACUCUAAGACAGGAGCAGACCCUAGCAAGACAGAGCUGGUUAUCUGGGAGAUAGAGGUACCCAAGCACUUAGUUGGGCGCUUGAUCGGCAAACAGGGGCGGUACGUGAGCUUCCUGAAACAAGCUUCAGGUGCCAAAAUCUACAUUUCCACGCUACCUUACACCCAGGACUUCCAGAUCUGCCAUAUAGAAGGCUCUCAGCAAAAUGUUGACAAAGCUUUGGGCCUGAUUGGCAAGAAGUUCAAAGACCUGAGCCUCACCAACAUCUAUGCGCCACCGCCUCCCCCGUUGCCCCUGCAUUCUCUCCCCAUGACCUCUUGGCUCAUGCUUCCUGAUGGGGUCACAGUGGAAGUGAUCGUGGUGAACCAAGUCAACGCCGGGCACCUGUUCGUCCAGCAGCACACGCACCCCACCUUCCACGUCCUUCGUAGUUUAGACCAGCAGAUGUAUCUGUGCUAUUCGCAACCAGGGAUCCCAACCAUGCCGACACCAGUGGAAGUUGGAGUUGUCUGUGCCGCACCGGGCGUGGAAGGCGCAUGGUGGCGGGCGCAGGUGGUCGGCUACUUCAAAGACACCAGUGAAGUGGAGAUCAGAUACGUGGACUACGGCGGAUACGAGAGAGUCAAGAUUGACACGCUUAGACAGAUCAGGUCUGACUUCGUAACCCUACCUUUCCAAGGAGCAGAAGUCCUACUGGACAAUGUAGUACCGCUUCCAGAUGAUGAUCACUUUUCAUCUGAAGCAGACACAGCUGUUAGCGAAAUGACCAGGGGUACACCCUUGCUUGCGCAGGUUACAAAUUACGACAAUGCAACAGGCUUGCCCCUAAUACAGCUGUGGAGUAUGAUAGGAGACGAGUUGGUAUCAAUAAACCGAACCUUGGUGGAAAGAGGAUUUGCACAAUGGGUCGAAAACUACUAAUAGUCCGUGGCUGUUUUCUGAACUCCUCGUCCCUAUUUCUCUCCCCACCACUUUAUCCCUUUUGAUCUUUCUCUCCUUUUUGGGGGGCACUGUUUCCUAAUUAGGUUUGGCAAUCUUUUGUCCUUCCCUGCAUCCUCCCUAUAUGCAGAAAGCAAAUGACCUUAUAUGCUUGUGGUCUGUUAUUGAUGCUCGCACCCUGACAGACGACAGUUCGGAUUCCGUACCUCGUUUUGCAGAAAGGCAGGGAGUUGAACCAUAAGCCAUAAAGAGACUGCAGCUUUAAAACCUGGCUCUCUUCACCCACCCACCCACUCCAUCCUCUGCCUGACCUGGGUCCAAAGUUGAAGUUUAAACAACAAUAAUUGAAUGAAUGAAAAAAGGAAAUUGUCAGGAGUUAGUAAAAGGAUUGCCCGUUUGCUAAACUGUGAGUGGAACAUACCCCGGCUUCCUAAAUGCUGCCUUAACAUUAAAGUUACGUGGAAGGUAAAAUUGCUUUCAGAUGUCCCCCUCCCGGCCCCUCCCAUUCAAAAAUAUCGAAAUAAAACCAUGAUAAAAGAUUUGACUCUUGGGAGCUCAUCAUAGACCUGUUGUAGGCAAUUCUGUGCUUCCAAACAGCAAAAGUUAAGCUCAAGUUCACUUCUGGCUGUAAGUAGCUGAAAAAGUUAGUAAAAGGAUAGUACUCCUUGUUUGUGUAAGAAGUAGAGAAUCACCACUUUGCAGGCUUCCUUAAACUAUGUGAUUAAGUAAACCACUACUGCUACAGCCGUUUUAACCCCCAGAUCAUAUCUAACACAAAAAUCUAUUGCCAAACCUGAUUGCAAUUCAUAACUGUUUUCUAGCUGUUCAAAAACCUGUGUAAAUAUAUAUAAAAAAAAUCAUUGUAAUAUUUUGUACAAGAGAAAAAAAAACUGGAGAACUAAAAAGGGAACUUCAGAACAAAAUCAAUUUUUUUUCCACACCAAAAUGUCCUCUGUAGGUAGAAACGGUUUGGGGUGUAUCGAUACAGCUAAGUGCUAGAUGAUGUGAGGUUUUUUUCCCUGACCUCUCAUGUACAGGAUGUUUUUCUUUCCCCUAGCUUGCUGUAUGGUAGGAACUGUAUUCAACGAACUCUUUGCUACUUUUUUGCUGUACAGAUCUGACUUCAAAGGGGGGAAAAAAGCAACAUUUGGAAUUACUAUUGCAGUGGUGUGUCUCAAUUUUUUCCUCCUUUUUAGAUUGGUUUCAAAUGUGGAAUUAAAAAAAAAUUGAGUAAUUUAAGCUAAUUUAAUACUAUUAAAAUAUAAAUGAAUUUAAACAUG